AUGCAAAUGCCCAACUUCAACGCCCUUUAUGCCAAGUCGAUACCUGAGGUAGCCGCCAAGAUUGGCCCUAAGACAAACAAUGUUGAGGCGGUUUUGGAUAUGCUGCUCUCCAAGGAUGAUUAUGACUUUGGAUCAGCGGCGUGGUUCUUGACUACCCAGUGUACUCCCGCUGUUAGGACUGCGUUGCAGUCUGGUUCUGAGGAGGGAUGGUCCAAGUACUUGACUGAGUGCAUUGGAACCACUGCCGCCGAUGAGCGGAAGAAAUACUGGACAAAGGCGAUGGAGAGCGUUAAAUCUUUGUAG